AUGGCGACGGAGCACGAUGCCAUAGAGCUCAGCGCCGAGUCCACCUGGAGACUCGGCGACGGAGCACGCCCUAUCCUUAGCACUGGUCCUAGUACUGCCAGGUCGCACUCAUCGUCGUCGCUCCCACCGUACCGCGCUCUAUCGGAGGAGGAUGACGGCUUAAUAGGCGGGGGGCUCCCCGAACCUGACGUGUGCUUCACAUCGGUUCAAGCUUUGAUAGACACGAUUGAUAACUUGCCGCGGGAUUCCAAUGGCAUCGUUGUCGGCCGGGUCACGCCAGGCAGCUUCGACGAGAUCCGACGCAGGCGAGAUGCCGACAGCAGGGGGUGGAGGCUCUCUUACCUAGCUGACCAUUACUUGGCCAUAAUGACGACCACCUUCCCGGCCAACCGCAACCCUGGUGCCUCUCAGGGGGAAGGCGACACCGGAGGUCGGCCGUCCGGGCCAGGUGACGGCGAUGGCGAUAACAUGUGGCCGACGAUAGUCUUCGAGACUGGCUAUUCGCAGACUCUAGAGAGCCUGCGGGCUAAGAUGGGGUGGUGGUUCUCCACGUCUAGGAACCAGGUCAAGAUCGUCGUGCUAACCAAGGCCUUCCCAACCGACGAGGCCACCAAGCGCAUCUUAUUUGAGCAGUGGCGCGUGGAGUCGGCCCGGCCACCACGCCCCGGUGCAACGACUACGCGGCUGUUCAAUGCAACGUCCGGCACCGCUCUACAGCCAAUUCGCACCCAACUGAUCAAUGUAGUCUGGGCCCUCCCGGGCGUACUCUUCAGCGACGCGACCGACGCGCAGAAACGAAGCCUGGAUUCGUAUAGUGUGACCAGGGGUCCAUUGUCGCUAAGCUUUACCUUCCUCUUCCUCCGGCCCCCCGACCUCCCUGUUGCAGGGGACAUCAUCAUCCCGGACCGGGACCUUCAGCUAUGCGCAAGGCGAGUGUGGGUGGGGUGA